AUGGCGCCUAUCAAAUUAUCUUUGAGUGAGAAAGGUCGAUUCUUAAGGGCCUUAUGCCGAUUGCAGAUCUUCGCCAACAUCUUCGGGCUACCCGAAAGGGAUCUUGAUCUUUCGAGCAAAGAUGAAUACUGGAAUGACUUUGCGGACAUAGAAAAUGAAAACAAGGCCUACUCUAUGUUCUAUGGCACAACCCCUCCCUGGGAAUAUGAGGAAAUGGGUUGUGUAUGGUCCUACCUCAUGACCAAAUAUGAGCCUGUUUCUAAAGAAAUUUCCAAUGAUUUACGCAAGCUCGUGGAUGAUACCGGAUGCUUUCGGUUCUGGCAGAUCGUUCCUGAAGAUCAGUGCCCACCAAUCGGUUGCCAUCUGGAGAUAGCCAGCCAACUCGAUCUCUUCAAUAUCUAUUUCGACAAAUUAACAUCAAUCGAGCCAAGUUUUCUCUAUCGCGUCCUUCAUGCAGAACGCUUGCUGCGGCGCAAUAUGGUUAUGGCUAAUGCGAGGAUUCCAUCCGAAUUACCCUUCAUAGGAAAGGGCCUUGGUAUCUCCUGGGAUUACAGGUUCUCCUUUAUUUAUCCAGCAGACCGCCAUGAGGCGCCAAAUUUUCAGCAGCUGUGGUCUACGUUGCCGGCCAUUGAACAGCCCAAUCUUGGCUGGAAAAAGGCAUGGCUACUGCCUAAUAUCACGGAACAAGAACGGCUGGAGGAUGUGUCCUUUUAUGAUCGUUUAAGUGAAAAGACUGGGAUUAGGGAUAUACUAUAUGGGACCUGGAGGAAUGGAAAGCACCAUUAUUAG